CAAAGACGGGUCAACUUCCGGGAAACAACAGAGGAAUUGUGGAUCACGUGUGUUACGCCAUCAGAAGUUGUCGUUGCGUACUUCUAAAACACAAAUGAAAAAGAAAAGAGUUGAUAAUGGGGAAGCUUUGAUGAUGAUUCAUGACAACAAUUGGUUUGAAAAUGUUUUUGCUUCCAAGAAUGAUUUUAAGAGGAGAUAUUAUUCCCAAAGCUGGUGAUGAAGGUACUAGAGUGGUUGUUGGUGGAAGUGUGAAUCUUUGCAGAAUAAAGAGGACAUGUGAGUAUAGUGAAUUGUUAAGAGAGAUUCGAGAUAUCAAGGUGACACAAGCAGCUCAAGCAAUAAUAAUGAAGAAAAUAGUUGGAAUAAAUGAAAAUCGUAAUAGUGUUGAGGAUGUGACAAAGGAUGGAUUGGAGAAAGAGGUAAUAAAAGACAGCGUGGAGCGCAACAUGGGAAAGGAUGUGGAUGCUCUUAAGUUAAAACCUUGUGCCGAUGAGGAUUUGGAGGUCGACAAUGCUAAGGAACCCAACAAUGGUGCACCAACCUUCAAAAUAAUGACACCCACGAAGCACAAAGCGGCUUGUAGUGAAUCUUUGAUGGCGGAUCAUGAGAUGCUCGAUGGUAGAAGGACCCUGCCGAUUCCAUUUACUAACACUCAACACUCUGUCAGAGGGUGUGCAAUAAUGGACUUCGGAACAUUUGUGGUUAGCAUAACAGUGAUGAAGGAGGUCAGAUAUAAUUGUGGGAUGUUUGUGUUGAAUUUUGCUGAGUUUUUAAUGAUGAACAAAGAUGUAGCUGAGGUCAAGAAGAGAGAUAUGCAGGCAUAUCGGGUGAAGAUGACCACACAAUUACUUACUUAUAGGGGUAGAAGUGAUGAAUAGCGUGGUUGUUGUUUACGUUUUGUCUACAUUUCUAUGUUUUGGAUGUUUAGAGUAAUAGUUAUGGAGCAUCCACUUUGUGUUUUGAUCAGGUUUUAGAAUGGUUUUUCCUUGUUGUUGAUUGGAGUUAUAACUUUGGAUUUGACUUUUGGGAUGGUGGUUUUUUUGGUGUGAAUGCCAGUUGUAUGAAAUUAUGAUUAAUAAAGUUGGUAGUGUUUG